AUGCCCUCCACGGACGCACUCGUUGACCACAGCCCCCCUUAUCCCGAUGGACUGCCUUCCCCCCGCACACCACUGCGUCACCGCCGACACGGCAUCUUUGACAUUGCGUUUGAGGAGCGCAAUUCUGAUCCGACCUUGGGGAUAUCCCACCUAAUAUUGGGAUGGUUACGCGGAACUCGCGGAAACGUCCCGUACGCGCGACGCCUAUGCGCUGAAAUAUUCUCUCUGGCUCCUUGGCCGCUCCUCACCUAUCUCGCAUGCAACAUAUGGCUCAGCGUUUCAUCCGCCCUGAACCUAUUUUUUCUGAGCCGUCUCCUCAACGUGCUCGAAGACAGCCUGUCUACCCCCGGGAUCCAACCCGAAAUGUUCCAGAUAAUUGCCGAAAUGUGGCUUUCCUUCGCUCUGAUAAGCGUUGGUGUAGAUCGUGUCUUCACUCAGUCAAGGGACCGGAUACGUAGCCAUUUGAGAGCUCAUUUUAUUCCCAAGCUCAUUGACGAGCAGCCGUUGCUUUUUCCCAUAUCAGGGAGCUUCGACAGCGAGGUCCCGGGAUGGAACUUUGUCCAUCACCUCACGCGUAAAAUGCGGAUAUGUCUGACACUUCUCUCUCAAGUUGUCGUGCUUCUCUAUGCUAUCUCGCACAAGCAGAGUCCUGAGAAGGAGCUUCUGAUGACUUUCUGUAUCGUGCAUCCUAUACUCAGAUGGCUAGCUCCAUCAAACGGCAUAGGCAGCGAAGGCUACGUUUUUUGGACGGAUUCGGCACCUUACAAACGUCUGAAGGCUCUCUAUGGGCUCGCUUUCUCUCCACAAUAUCGCGGAGAUCUAACUUUAGAUGGCGUGACUAGUGGCCUAGGAACAGAGUACAGGAAAACAUCGGGCAACCUCGGCAUUGUCACCGACUCAGAGCCUUAUCCGUGGGUCGGCGGACUUCUGCGAAGCUGGUACUGGGACUUUCUUAUCAAUCUCACACUUGAUCUCCCCUUGGCUGUUUAUGCCCUCACUCUACCGUCACGCAUGUCUGCGUCAUCAGUCACAUCGAUGGCCUUGCUUCAACAAGCGACCAACACCCUGGCUAUAAGUAUAGGCGAAUAUGGAAUGGACCCAUCCUCGCUAUCGGAGCUGUUCGCACAAGCCAAGUGGCUCUACGAUGGCAUCUCAUACGAGAGUACGACGAUCAACGGUCACAUGCCCUAUCCUACCGACAAGUCUAAAAAAAGUGGGAUGAGCAUCUCGUUCCGAAAUGUAUGCCUUGAAUAUCCGGGCAGCAUCUCUCCCGCGCUAGAUCGCGUCUCGUUUGAUGUUUCCGCUGGGCAGCUUGUCCUCGUCGUCGGCGCUAAUGGGAGCGGCAAGUCCUCGAUGCUCAAGCUCCUCGCGCGGCUGUUCGACCCAACUAUGGGCGAGAUCCUGAUCGAUGGUAACGCCGUAGACACAUACAACGUCGAACAACUCCGACGCACCAUGGUCUUCCUUUCCCAGUCUCCGGUCAUCUAUCCUGGGACGGUCCGAGACAACAUCUGCAUCGGCCUUCCGCACGCCCACAGACCAGGCAAGGGUAGCGCCCCUUUGGAUGGCGCUUGUAGGAAAGGAGGGUGCACUGACUUCGUUACGAAGCUUCCGAACGGAUAUGACACGCAGCUUGCGCCCACCUUCUCGUUCGAGAAUGACUUCUGCGAUGGAACUUAUGGCAUCGUCUCUGAGAGACUCCGUCAGGAACUGCAAACCCGACGAGGCAGGAGGGUAGACAUCUCCGGCGGCCAAAAGCAGCGACUAGCAGCCGCCCGUACAUUCAUGCGCAUGACAGACGACACACGCCUCGUGGUCGUAGAUGAAGCCACUUCCUCCCUGGACCCUGUCGCAGAGCGCGACCUUCUAGCGGAGUUCAGAGCCUCACGAAAUGGGAGAACGAUGAUCUUCGUCACGCAUCGCUUUCACCAUCUCGCCCGCGAAGCCGAUCAGAUUAUAUGUAUGCGAGAAGGUACUGUCGUUGAACGUGGAACCCACGAUGAGCUCAUAAAUCUUGACGGGGAAUACUCCAAGCUUUACGAUGCACAGUCAUAAUGUUAUCGCGACUUUUAAGCCUGUUGUUUUAUCUUUUUUGUGUAAAUUUCUCGCUGUCUCUCAUGUUCCUGUAUCUUAUUAUUGUUUUUCACUCUCGUCCAUUACUCGACUUGUCCUUGUACAUCGCAAAGC